AUGGAGUCCCUUGUGGAUCGGCUACCUUUGGGGGUGCGGUUGUUUACCGCUGCCUCUGCCUUUAUCUUGAUGAUUGGAAGUAUUGCAUCUGUUGCAGCACCAGCGGAUUACACGAGCUGCAUUGUAUGCCUGUACCUCAUUUGCUUCUCUUCUGUCUGUCUACUGUGUGAGUUCUCUCCCUACGGGCUCAAUGUCCUCAUGGGCGUGUGCCCUCUUUUGGGGGAGUACUUCUUCCGAGGUGUCCUAUAUGUCUUGGUGGGGUUGCUGCCCCUGGGCAUCGAUACGGUGGGCUUGUGGGGAGGCGUCUUACUGAUCAUUUCGGGUAUCCUCAACAUUCUCAUUCACGCCCUAUUGCCAGUCCACCCGUACAACUUCUACACCCGCCGCGCUUCUGACCCAGAGGAUGAGGAGGAGGGGGUAUUUAACGACGAGCCGGAGGCCGAGGAGGCUGGGGUUUUGCGGUAA